CGCUAUCAAGUAAGAAACAUGCAGGGAACGCGGUUAGAUCUUUUUGGCUUACUGGCUUGUGGGCUGCUUAUACUGGCACAUCGUAGCUGGUCAUGUGAAACCACGACUUCGACGACAGUCACAAAGGACUGGUGGGAAAAUGCCCAGUUUUAUCAGAUAUACCCGCGAUCCUUCAUGGACUCCGACGGCGAUGGAAUCGGAGAUUUGAAUGGUAUCACCAGUAAAUUGGAGUACCUUAAGGAUCUGGGGGUCACGGCAGCCUGGCUAUCGCCCAUUUUCACUUCGCCCAUGGUGGACUUCGGCUACGACAUAUCCGACUUUUUUGACAUUCAGCCGGAGUACGGAACACUCGAUGACUUCAGGGCUCUCAUCAAGCGGGCAAACGAGUUGGACCUAAAGAUCAUUCUGGAUUUCGUGCCCAAUCACUCAAGUGAUGAGAACUCUUGGUUUGUAAAAUCUGUAAAUCGCGAGAAGGGCUACGAGGACUACUACGUUUGGCAUGACGGGAAGGUGAAUGCCACUACUGGCGAUCGGGAACCCCCUUCCAACUGGCUGCAAGCUUUUCGAGGAAGUGCGUGGGAGUGGAACGAGAAACGUCAACAGUACUACCUACACCAGUUCGCAGUGCAGCAGGCUGAUCUUAACUACCGAAAUCCCCUGGUCGUGGAACAGAUGAAGCGAGUGCUUCGUUACUGGUUGGACCUUGGCGUUGCUGGCUUCCGCUGCGAUGCCGUACCAGUGCUCUUCGAGAUCGAGCCGGAUGCAGAUGGUCAGUAUGCCGAUGAAGAGCUUAGCGGUCUGACGGACGACGUCGACGACCGUAAGUACCUGAAGAGCGAUCUCAUCGAGAACCGGCCGGAGACCAUUGAUAUGGCGUACCAGUGGCGCGUAGUGAUGGAUGACUACCAGCGCAUCCACGGAGGUGAUACGAGGGUUCUUCUAAUCGAGACCUAUGCUCCACCUGCCUACACAAUGCAGUUUUAUGGAAAUCGCUCAACGGCUGGUGCCCAUCUGCCCUUUAACUUCAAUCUGAUUACGGUUCUGGCCAGCGAUGGUGUCUCUGCCGGAUCCAUCAAAACAGCAGUGGACAACUGGCUGGACAACCUGCCUGCCGGACGCACCGCCAACUGGGUUAUAGGUAACCACGACCAGCGUCGGGCGGCAAGUCGAUAUGGAACCGCCAAUGCAGAUGCCAUGAACAUGUUGGUCAUGGUCCUUCCCGGAGCUAGUGUCACCUAUCAGGGCGAAGAACUGGGUAUGACCGAUGGCGAGAUAAGCUGGGAAGACACCCAAGACCCAGCUGCCUGCAACUCGAACUCGGACAUCUACGAGCAGUUCACACGUGAUCCCUCGCGGACUCCCUUCCAGUGGACGAGUGGCACCAACGCCGGGUUCUCGACUGCAUCCAAGACUUGGUUGCCACUGGCAGCAGACUACCAAACGCUGAAUGUGGAAACGGAGGCGGCAGCUCAGCGCUCUCAUCUGAAAAUCUACAAGGCGCUGGUGGAGCUGAGGAAAUCGUCGCUGCCACUGCAAAACGGAUCCACUAAAUAUGGAGUCGUUGGGGAGAAUGUGUUUGUGGUGAAGCGUUACAUCUCCGGCUCUGCAUCCAUAAUUUAUGUGGCCAACUUUGCCAGCAAGGGUGUCACUGUGGAUUUAUACGAAUUCGACAAGACGCUGCCCACCCACUUGACGCUCCUCAUCCGCAGCCUGCAGUCCUCGAAGGCGGAGGGCUCUCAGUUCGAGGUCACCGGAUUGAGUCUGGCUGCCGGCGAGGCCUUGGUAUUGAGCAGCAGCAGUUCUUCCCGGUUCGAUUAAAUGGCGAUUCCCACCAGGCGCACUUGAAUCACACUGAGUCAGGCCACUCAAUCGGUAUUUAUCUUCGGCUCAAAGCAAAUAUGCCGUGGCUUGCAUAAAUAAAUAUAUAAGUGAAAAACCAGACAAACAA